AUGGCACCUUCUUUACGAACGCUUGAUAUCAAACAUGAAGAUUUUAUUUUGGAUGCUGUUGAUAUCGUCUUAUCGCCGGAGAACUUGGCCAAUACUUUGUUGGAAUUCCGUCGUACUUUGUCGCGCAUGUGGAGACUUCGAAAUGACAACACAGGGAAAGGACGAAAAGAUUUGUUUGCCGCAAACCGGGAACCUAGGAGCACUAGCAGUAGCGGUGUCAGCAUUAGCAGCUACGACUUUGCAAAUGAGGAGCGACUCCAUCUGCGGCAUUGUCGCCACUUCGUUAACCUAACAAACGGUAUCGAGGCGCUGCCUAUGCUACACGAGCUUCAACUGCCGUACAGCUUCGUACGAAUCCAGAGCACCGCCUGCGAGCAGCAAAACCUCGAGGCGCUGAUAUCGGAGCUGGACCCCAACCUCCUCAUCAAUUUGGCACUGGGUCAUUGGUACGAGGAAUACAUCGGGGGGGGGGAGGACUGGCAGCACGCUUGUGGGGGCUUGGGGGUGGGAUGGGCGACGGGCAUGAAUGUGUUGGACAUAGACAAGUAUAUAGACAAAUAUAUCUGCCUGGUGUACGACUGCGGCAGUCGCGGCCGGAACGGCACCCCGCGCGCCUUGUGGUACGGACUGGAGUUUGUGCGGUACACUUUGUCAAAGCUGUGGCUCCGACGUCCCUGUCCCGCACUACUCCGCGGCAAGAACGUGGCGGCCCAGUUCGACCAACACAUCCGGGCCUUCCGACAGAGCACCACCCGCCGAAUCAAAUAUUAUGCGAAGUACCUGCCUCGAGAAGGGCCUUAUCCUCUGGGGGAGGUUACAGAAGGAAAUCUGCCUGGUGUCGGUGGCGCUGCUACUGCUACUGCUACUGGUGUUAGUGACGUUGGCGUGGGCGGCGACGAAGGAAGGGGCGCGGGAGGAGGAUGCGGGCUGCAGCGCCUGCGUCUGUACGGCGUUUAUCGUCCCACCGACCACGACGACGACGUAUCGUACUAUGUACGAUUGUUGUACAAUUACCAGCUGCUGCAACCCCUACGCUCCCACGACGAAGAGCGGCGUCUCGAACUUCCUGGGCUGGAUCCUAAGUUGCAGGAGGAAGAGGAGGAGGAGGAGGAGGGGGAGGGGAAAGAGGAGAAGCGGCAGCAGGAGGAGGAGAAAGAUGACGGCGGCGAGGAGCAGAAGCAGGGCCGAUUACUAGGGAAGGGAAAUGCGGCCAUCGCAAGCUGCAGCAGAGAUAUGUACAACAGCGGUAACCAUGCAGAUGCGAUAGGGGUUGCGGCGGAGGAAAUGUCUGGGCGACGACGUGUGGGGCCGCGAAGAAAAACGACUGCUUCGGGACUCAUGUGUGGCGAAACAGAGAUGACAUCUUGUGGUAUGGUUGGCGGGCAUGUUGCGUACGGCACGGCCGUGGCUGGUGAUGAUGACGGCGAGGCCGUACUGGCGAGGUACGGCUUUAGGCUCUUCAGGCGGGGGUUGUCGCCGAUGGAAUGGGCGGUGGCCAGGGGGACGGUGGCGGCGGCGGGGGAUGUGCGCAAGGACCAUCCGUGA